CUGCGACAGAUGCGAGUUCAUAUCAACGGGAGCUUUCCUCGAGAGUACAUGGAAGUCUCACAUUCUGUGUGUUUCUGUUAACAGAGCCCCGGGUUUCCAUCACUGGCCUUGAGAUUGCAGCGAAAGUCGCCGUGUUCUCAGUUCAACUCCGGAAAUCGAGAGGGGCGGCCUCGAGGUACGUACUCCCUAGUUCCACCCCAGAAACUCUGAUCGCGGGGUUCUCAGCGAUGGAACGCGGGGCAUCGGCCAUUCCGCCGAGUUUCCAAUGACACAACUCACCUGAGUCUGACGAUAAGAGGUGGGCAUUGUCAACAAUUCAAGCUUGAUCUCCAGAGUGUGAUCAGUCUCCUGCUCCCUCUAUUCUUUCUGGAGUUCACGGAAUUGUCCACGAAACCUUUACAAUGUCUUCCUGGGCGGAAAUCAAGUCGCAAAACCGCAGUCUGCAGAUUCUCCAAGCUGCGACUGAGGGCAAGUAUGGAGUUCUCUCCGUGGUCAUCUACAACAUUGAGCACCUCACUGCUGUUGUUCGCGCAGCAGAGGCCAAGAAAUCACCCAUGCUGAUUCUCUUAUUUCCUCUUACCGUGAAGCAGCUCCCAACUCUACCGUGGGCCGUCGCCGCAGCCAUCAAAUCGGCAAAGGUUCCACUUGCCCUACACCUCGACCACGCCCAAGAUGAGCAGCAAAUUCGCGACAUCGCGGGAACUUUGCCAUUUGACUCAAUCAUGGUUGACAUGAGCCACUACGAUCACGAGGAGAAUCUCGCCAAGACCAAGGGUUUGACGAGGGUCUGCCACGACCAUAACAUCGCUGUCGAGGCGGAAAGUGGACGCAUCAAUGGCGGAGAAGACGGCAUUGCAGACACUGGCGACUUGGAAGCUCUAUUCACGAGUCCUGAGGAGGUCGAAGACUUCAUCGAUGCCGAGAUUGAUCUCUUGGCACCCAGCAUCGGCAACAUACACGGAGACUACGGCCCCAAGGGCCCUCAACUCGAUUACCAGCGCUUGACAAAUGUCAACAAGCAAAUCAAUAGCCGUGUCCUCAUGGCUUUGCAUGGCACAAACGACUUCAGUCCAGAGAUCAUGAGGAAAUGCAUCGAUAACGGCGCCAUAAAACUGAAUGUCAACAAGCUGCUUCUGGAGGUCUGGAACGUCCAUCUCAGGGAGAACGCCAGCAAGCCACUGACGCAACUAAUGGAGGACGGCAUGAACAUCUUACAGAAGGAGACAGAGAGGUGGAUUGACAUUUGCGGCAGUGCUGGGAAGGCAUGAGGGAUAUGACUAUAUCAGUCUAUAAAUGAUGGAAUGAUUCAGCAUUGUGCCUUGUUACGAAAAAUCUGAAUCGCACCUCUAUUUUCAUUGCCUGGUCUGCUAGGUUGAAAAAAGCCAAACGUGAUUUCAAAGCAGACGUUGGUGAUUCGCGCAAUGCUUUGGGUUGAUGCGCCAGUGGCUGGACUGCAGCCAAU